UCCUACGUCAUGGCGCAGAACGCGCCCCUAGACGUCAUCGUGGGCGUGUUAUUUUAUGGAGGAAUGAACCAUCACCAGCGCAGGCCAGUUACUGUUUCAGCUGUAUUAUGGUGCUGCAGCAGGAGGAGGGGUUUACAUAAACUAGUAGCACUGAAAACUGACGCUCUGUACUGAAUUCUGCUGGCUGCCGAAGUGAAAGAGGCCCAAAGGAUUAUAAACUAGGAUUAAAAAGAGUGACUGGAGAUUUCUUCCAGAUUUUCUACACCCCUUUUCUCACCUAUGCAAACAAGGCUGCACUGAUGGCCAAUGAGUGAACCUUGAGUGGUUGGACAUGCUAGACUGAGGUGAGCCGAUGCUCUGAACCACAUGCUGCAGCAGAUCCAAGGGGCUCCCAUGAUGAAGCGAGGGACCAGCCUGCAGAGCCGGCGGAGCAGCAAGACCACGAGCGAGCCACCAAAGGGGAGCCCGCAGAUCCACAGGCGCUUCUCCCAGGAAUCGACGCUUUGUGGUCGCCCCCGCUCAUCCUCCACUACAGACGCCCCCUGUAGCUCUCCACUGGCUGAGGUGACCAACUGCUACCUGCCCUGCGAGGAGGCAGAGCAAAUUGAACGCUUGGAGGUGAGCAGCCUAGCACAGACGUCCAAUGCUGUAGCCUGUAGCAUCGAUGGCAACAUCAGCGUGGAUGGAGUGGACAACACUCCGGACCCCCAGCGAACAAAACUGGCCAUCACACACCUGCAGCAGAAGGUCCUCAAGCUGACAGAGCAGAUCAAGAUCGAGCAGACCGCUCGCGACGAUAACGUGGCAGAGUACCUGAAGCUGGCCUCCAAUGCGGACAAACAGCAAAGCGCCCGCAUCAAGCAGGUGUUUGAGAAGAAGAAUCAGAAAUCGGCCCAGACCAUCCAGCAACUGCAGCGCAAGCUUGAACACUACCAUCGCAAGCUGCGCGAAAUCGAGCACAACGGCAUCCCCCGUCAGCCCAAGGACGUGCUGCGGGACAUGCACCAGGGCCUGAAGGGCGUUGGAGCCAAGGUGACUGGGUUCAGCGAGGGCGUGGUGGACAGCGUCAAGGGAGGGCUCUCCACUAUCUCCCAGGCCACACACUCGGCGGCUGGGGCAGUGGUCGCCAAGCCGCGGGAGAUCGCAUCACUCAUCCGCAACAAUAUCUCUGGCCUGAAGGACUCAGACGAGUCUCAGUGUGAGGAUGGGACCAAUACUCUGAGCCUCUGCAGCAACCUGCAAUCCAGUCUGAAGUAUGGUAGUGAGGACGACUGCUCAAGUGCCACAUCGGGCUCCGCGGAGGCCAACAGCACUGUAGGGGCCCCCGGGGGACCCCCCAGCUCCAAAACAAACACACUGGACAGGCAAAGCUCAGGGUUUGAAGCUCUUUUUCACGAGAUUCAAGAUAUCCGAGACGCCCAAGAGAGACUGGAGGUAUCUUUUGAAAACUUAAACACUCACUACCAGAGAGACUACACUCUAAUAAUGCAAGCACUACAGGAGGAGCGCUACAGAUGUGAACGGCUAGAAGAACAGUUAAAUGACCUGACAGAACUGCAUCAGAAUGAGAUUCUCAACCUUAAACAGGAGCUUGCUAGCAUGGAAGAGAAGAUUGCGUACCAGUCUUACGAGCGCACCCGUGACAUUCAGGAGGCGCUAGAGGCCUGUCAGACACGCAUCUCAAAGAUGGAGCUGCAGCAGCAGCAGCAGCAGGUGGUUCAGUUGGAGGGGCUGGAGAACGCCACUGCCCGCACCCUCCUGGGCAAGCUCAUCAAUGUGCUGCUCGCUGUCAUGGCUGUCCUGCUGGUUUUUGUCUCCACUGUGGCCAACUGCAUGGUCCCCCUCAUGAAAACACGCAACAGGACGUUCAGCACAUUCCUUCUAGUGGUUUUCUUUGCCUUCCUGUGGAAAAACUGGGAAGCAGUAUCGGAAUACUUAGAACGAUUCUUAUUGCCCCCUAGAUGAUGGUUAUAUAAAACUUGAAGAGUGAAUUUGUUUACAUUUAGACAAAAAAAAAGGUUUUCUUGCAAGGCACAUCGCAAUAGUGUGUAUAUAUAUAUAUAUCUAUAUAUAUAUAUAUAUAUAUAUGUGUGUGUAUACAUAUACAUACAUACAUACAUACACAUGUAGCAUUUAGCCAAUUUUCCACAAAUAGAAAAAGAGUGUAUAUAAGGAACAUUAUCCAGUCUUUUCUGCCAAGAAUGGAAACUGAAGUAUGGCUUGAACUAAAGUUGCACUACAGAUCUUACUGUGAUAAAUAAGCAGAUUCCAUGUUUUGGAAAAAAAAAUGUAUUUUAAGUUCUCACACACUUGAGUUAACUUUAUAUUCCUGUCAUAGUUUAAUAUGCUAAAUUGAUUAAAACUAGGGAUAGAAUUCUACACUGUACUAUAAUCAACCCCAUUUAUUCACUCUAACAUACUUGAAGAGUUGUAAUGCUCAAAGAAUCUCAGUGCUUCCAUGUUUUCUACUAUAAAAACAAAAAAAAGUUAUGUUUGUUUGUUUUUUUCAAUUUUUAAAUAAAGCUGUUUUAAAUUAA